AAGAUCGCUCACUCUUCGCGAUCACCUGCCAACGCCGCCGCCGCCGCUUUCUCCAGCAGCAGAAGCCCUAGCGCCUUUAGCCGCCGCCGCCGAGCUUUCACCCAAUCAUGGCUGCCGUCCUGACUCGCCCGACGCCGGGCUCGGUGCAGUGCUUCGGGCGGAAGAAGACGGCCGUGGCGGUGGCCUACACCAAGCCCGGCCGUGGCCUGAUCAAGGUGAACGGCGCCCCGAUCGAGCUGAUCCGCCCGGAGAUGCUGCGGCUCAAGGCGUUCGAGCCCAUCCUGCUCGCCGGCCGCUCCCGCUUCAAGGACAUCGACAUGAGGAUCCGCGUCCGCGGCGGCGGGAAGACGUCGCAGAUGUACGCCAUCCGCCAGGCCAUCGCCAAGGGGCUCGUCUCCUACCUCCAGAAGUACGUCGACGAGGCCGCCAAGAAGGAGGCCAAGGACAUCUUCGCCCGCUACGACCGCACCCUCCUCGUCGCCGAUCCCCGCCGCUGCGAGCCCAAGAAGUUCGGUGGACGCGGAGCCCGCGCCAGGUUCCAGAAGUCGUACCGUUGAUCGCAUCCUACUGGAUCGUCGUCAUCCUUGGGAUGGUUUUCUCUGCUUUAUACCUCCUCACAAAGUGCUAGAAUUAUUAUGCGUAGUUCCGGGCCUUGAAGACAUUGUGAUAUCGAAGUGAUGCGAGAUGUUCAGGACUGUUUGAGUAGUCGUUGCUGGAAUAUGUUUUUAGCUGUUAUUACUUGUGUUCAGGAAUUUUGAUAUGGUUUGCGUUAUAUCUAUGCAUUGUUUUGAGUUUUAUCUUAAUUGUUCUUAUAUCCAAGAAGUUGUUAUCUUUAUGUUACCCAGACGAUUUUGAUGUUCCA